GGGGGUGGACAGACACACCUCCCAUAUGCUAUGAAAUGGGAGGCGCCGUAUUAAAUGUUGCCAUUAAUGUAAAUCAUGAAAAGCCUAUCGCAGCUAAAGCCAGAAAAGUGGAGCUAAAUUCCCAAACAAUGAUUUCCAUUAAAGAAUACGAUCUCAACAGACAAUUGAUCACAGAUUUAAAGUUAAAUAAUAUCCAAGACUUUAGCGAUUAUUGUAAACCGGAUUCUUGCGGAGCUCUCAUCAAAUCAGCGCUUAUUUGUUGUCAAAUUGUGGAUUUGAACGACGACGAGAAGGAUCUCUACAAACAAUUAAAACGGAAACUAAUGUCUGGACUUGAGAUCGAGUUGUGGUCACAUUUACCGCAGGGAUCCGGUUUGGGAACCAGUAGUAUAUUAUUGAGUUGUGUUAUCGCCGUUUUGUGGAUCAUAUCAGGAAAACAAUUCACAAAAACAGCGCUAAUUAACGCGGUUUUAUAUACUGAGCAGCUGUUAACAACUGGUGGUGGUUGGCAGGACCAGAUUGGAGGCAUUGUUGGUGGCGUCAAAUUGGGUCGAUCUGAGGCCUCUCUGCCCCUUAAGAUUCACUACAAGACGAUCGCAAUUACAGAAUCAUUUCGCAUACAAUUAGAAAAGCAUUUAAUGCUUAUAUAUUCGGGAACCGUUAGAUUGGCUAAGAAUUUACUGCAAACAGUGAUACAAAACUGGUAUAUAAGAGAUCAACGGAUCACCGGUUGUUUCAACCAAUUGUUGGCCGAAACAGACCUCUGUUUGGAUGCAUUUAUUAGAGAAGAUAUGAAAGGAAUCGGAGAACUUCUCACUAAAUAUUGGCAAUUGAAAAAAGUUUUGGCCACUAAUAGUGAGCCCAAACAUGUCUCGCAAUUUCUUAAAAGUGUUGAGCCGUAUAUAUACGGUGGAAGUCUGUGUGGGGCCGGAGGCGGAGGUUUUGUCUGUCUUGUUGUCAAAGACAUUGCUUUCAAAGAGGAAAUCAAUUCAAUGUCGUGUAUAGCCUUCGAGACGGCGCUCGUACUCAACACAAGCGAUGCAUUGAUCUGUUUUCUCCUCCAAAAGAAAAAAGUGGUCGAUUUGGGCGAAGAGGGGAAAGUGCUUCUCAUCAAACAGGACAACCAGUUUCGGGCCAUUGGACCCAAAUGUAGUCAUUACGGCGCCCCUCUCGCCAACGGUGUAUUGUAUGGCUCGCAGAUAUCAUGUCCGUGGCAUUCCGCCACUUUCUGUAUUAAAACCGGUGAUAUUGAAGACUUCCCCGGAUGUGAUAGCAUUCCUGUGCACGAGGUGUUAAUAAAAGGCGAGGAUGUGAUCGUUAAGGCCAAGAGAACCGCUUUGACUAAUAGUACUCGAGUGAAGAGUUUGAGCGCUAAAGACCCGAACAAUGUCCUCACUUUUGUGGUCGUCGGCGGAGGACCGGCGGGUUUCCAAUGCGCCGAAACCUUACGACAAGAGGGCUUCACGGGUCGGGUUGUGAUGAUCACCAGUGAAGACACCUAUCCGUACGAUAGGACCAAAUUAAGCAAAGCUUUGAGUACUAAAGUGGCGGAUCUUCUUCUCCGGUCUGAGCAAUAUUUAAAAGACGCUAACAUUGAAGUGAUUCUCAAGACUACUGUCGAUAAGUUGAACCCUAAAGAGAAAUCAGUUCAACUCAACAACGGACUCACUCUUAAGUUUGACAGAAUAUUCUUGGGAACCGGUGUUAGACCCAAAAUAUGUGAGGCGAAGGGAAAUGGGUUGAAAAAUAUCUGUUAUCUGCGAACCCAUUCCGACGCCAACUAUAUUGCACAGAAUGCAACCGAGAAGAACGUGAUCAUAAUUGGCACUUCAUUUAUCGGUAUGGAAGUGGCGGCGUUUCUCAACGGAAAGGCUAAGACCAUAGCAGUGAUCGGCAAAAGUAAAUACCCCUUCGCUUUAACAUUGGGUAAAGAAAUCGGCGAACAAAUCAAAGAACUCUACGAAUUAAAAGGAAUUAAAUUUUUCACCGAAUCUGGAGUUAAAGAGUUUGUCGGAGAAAAUAAUCAAUUGAAACAAAUAGUUCUGACAAAUGGCCAGACAUUGCCCGCAGAUAUCUGUGUCGUUGGAAUCGGCGGUGAACCCAACACUGAUUUUCUGAAGGGAACUGACAUUAAAAUGGAUAAAUCAUAUAUCGUUGUCGACAAAAACUUUGAAACGUCCGAAAAGAAUGUGUUCGCCGGCGGAGAUGUGGUUCGCUAUGAGCUGUCAAUUGUCAAUCAAAGUGUGGUGAAUGUGGGCCACUGGCAAACCGCACAAUCACAUGGUAAAACUGCGGCUCUAAGUAUGUUAGGAAAGACAUCGAAACUAAAGUCCGUCCCAUUCUUUUGGUCCAUGUUUUUUGGCAAAGGACUUCGUUUCGCAGGAAAUAACGAGGGAUUCAAAGACGUGAUAAUAGACGGCGAUGUAUUGCAACUCAAAUUCGUGGCCUAUUAUAUCGACAACGCGGCCAAAGUGGUAGCCGUGGCCACAAUAGGCAACGACCCGAUCGCUACUAUGUUCGCAGCCUAUGUUAGGAGUGGAAAAACUUUAACCGCCGCUGAAAUCAAAACUGAUCCAAAGAAAUGGAUCGCAUCGAUGACAACUACCAAACAAUAGAACAUCACUUUUUAAAUCCUAGUUUAUAUUUUGAAAUUUCAUCUAAUAUUAUAUAAAAUGCUAUUAAUAUAUAAAUACAGUAUAAGUGUGUAAUGAAAUAAAAAGGCGGCCAUUCA